AUGGACAUGAAGGACUUGAAGUACAUCUACAAGAUGGCUCUGGUUGCUAACAUCCUCGACCUGAGCAACACAACCAACAUUUGCCUAUUGUGGGGUGAAAUGGGCGUGCUUUUCCAGCUCGCAACACACUUCGACUUUGUUGCGCAUACCUUGGCUGCUACAUCGGCUCAACGACUUGCAGUAACUACAAAGUCACACGAGGCUUCUCAGGAUGCGUAUCAGUACAGGAAACAAGCUCUUCAUGGGCUGUAUCGAGCAAUGGGAUGCUUUUCCAAAGACAAUGCCGAUGCAAUUCUCGCCGCGUCACUGGGAUGCUCGUAUAUCAUGUCCGAUCAUCGCUCCCUGAUGACCCUGGCAGGAAACAUCUCUACAGUAAGCCUCGACAAUAUCAUUCUCUCUUCCACGCCGCUCACAGUAGAGCAGGUGGCCACCCGGAUGAAGCCGUGGCUCAAACGGUCGGCCUUUCACCAAAUCUUUACCUACGAGCCAACGCACUACGAAACCGAAGAGCAAGCAGCCUCGUCGCCUCCCGAGACCGGAGACUUGGAACACCGCUUCGCUCUCGUCAAGAUGCUCCUGGCCGAGGGCAUCGGCUCCGUCAACGGCCUGGCUUUUUGCUUCCAGGGCGACCGCGACCUCUCCGCCGUGCUUCGACAGCUGCGGGACGUCAUGCGGCUCGUCCAUGACCGGCUCGGCUCCGACAUCUCCGCCGAAGACCAGUACCGCCUCGUGUACCCCUUCACCGCGUGGUUCGUCAAGAACUCGGCCGCCUCCUACGUCUCCCUCAGCGCAAAGAACCCGUUCCUGCUCGUCUUCCUCCUGCACAUGUACGCCGUCGUCGUCUCGCUGACAGUGUCCCUGCCGCGCAUCGACGUUCCGCUGUUUGCAAAGUACCGGCUGCGGGCGAUUCUCGAAAUCUGCAACAUUUUGAAAACCGGACCGGGCUUCUUGUGCCAGCGGUGUAACGGGUUCCACGCCUACGAAGAAGUCAUGGCGUUUCCGUUGAAUAGCGUGUCUGUGUAUCAGCAGGUUGGUAGAGAGACGGGUGUUUUAGAAGCAUAG